AUGGCCUGCUUCAACUUCCUCACCCUCCCCGGCGAGCUGCGGAACAUGAUCUAUCGCUUUACACUCACGACAGACCCCCCCAAUCUGGAACGAGAGCACAAAUAUGACUGCAAGCUUUGCACUUGGGAUCCGAACGAGCCGCAAAAGUCGACGUGGAUGGACUACAAGAGGAUACCAGGCUGCAGGUGCUGGGCCCGCUCCGGACUCACCCUGCUCCUGGCCGACCGCCAGAUCUACUGGGAGGCUGCCCCGAUAUUCUGGGCCGAAAAUCAUUUUACUUUUUAUGGAGUGAAGUCAUUCCUCACGGUCGGAACACAACUGCGGCCCCGGUGGCGGAAAAUGUUGCGCAGUAUCAGCAUUUUUGACUUUUAUGAGCCCGCGUAUGAAUGGUCCUCCGACGCCAGGCUUACGCGCGUAUUGAUCAAGUGUCGCAGUCUUCGCAGGCUGGAACUAGAUCUCCGCUUGGCCUGCGUGCUGUUUUUCCGAGCUCCAACCCGGAAUCGUCCCGAUCCGCAACUGGCUGCCUGGGAGGACAUGAAACGACUGCUACCCGAAUUGAAGACAUUCACACAUACGUGGACGCUGCGCAUCGACGUUGGAUUUGUCAGGCAAGGCCGAAACGAAACUAUGGCCCGCUUCUUCAUAACAGGCUCCUCCGACGGCCUCGGCUCCCUGACAGCCCAGCGCCUCAUCAAGCAGGGCCACUCAGUGGUCCUGCACGCCCGCAGCGCCCAGCGCGCAGAAGACGCGCGAAAGGCCUGCCCCGGGUCCGACGCCGUGCUGGUCGCCGACCUGACCUCCAUCGAGGAGACCAAGGCCCUGGCGGCGGAGGCGAACAAGCUGGGGCCGUUCGACGCCGUCCUGCACAACGCAGGCCUGUUCACGGGGUACGAGAAGGUCCCCGGAAAGUCCGGACUGCCCAGCCUGUUCACCGUCAACGUCCUGGCGCCCUACAUCCUGACAGCCCUGAUGGAGCGGCCAAAGAGGCUCGUCUACGUCAGCUCGGGGCUGCACGAGGGCGGGCAGACGAGGCUGGACUCGCUCGAGGGGUCGCUCUAUGCCGACUCGAAGGUGCACAUCAUCAUGCUCGCCAAGGCGCUCGGGAGGCGGUGGGGCGGCGUCGAGAGCAAUUCUGUUGACCCCGGCUGGGUGCCCACCAAGAUGGGCGGGAGCAGUGCGACGGGAGAUAUCGAGGGCAGCAUCAAGAGUUAUAUGAUGCUGGCGCUCGGCGAGGGUGCUGCGAAGGGCAAGACUGGCAAGCACUUCUACGACUCCAAGGAGAAGUCCUGUCUGGAGGCUGCGAAUGAUGAGGCGGCGCAGGAUACGCUCCUGAAGAAGUUGGCAGAGAUCAGUGGCGUUGAGCUCCCUCAAUAG